AUGAUGGAAAACAUCGACGCGAUCGAUCGUUUGGAAAAGCACAACAGGACGUACGUCCCCGGCGCGAGCGAAGAGAACAACAACGGGAAGUUUCUCGGGCCGGACGAAAUCGAUCUUCUCGUGGACGCGCACAGAAUCGAGAGAGAAGAGAAGGAGAUGCGCGAGAAAUAUUUCCGGUUCUUACCUCCUAUUUCUUCUCGAAGAAAGGAGUUGGAGGAGUUCUCGUUGGCGGAGCGUUUACUCGGUGACGUCCCACACCUCUUCGCGACGAAAAUAUUGACGAAACUGGACGAUCAAGAUGUGGCCGUAUUCUCGAGAUGCUCGAAAAGAAUACGCAGGCUCGUUCGAAAUGAAUUCGGCGAAACGAAAUACGCGAAACUGUGCGUUCGCAAGUUUGCGUCGAGUAAAGAAGGCGUCGCGUACGCGAAGUGGUGCGGAGUACCGAUGACAACAAGAACGUUCGCGAGCAUCGCUCGCGUUGGAAACGUGGAGGCGUUAGGUUUUGCGCUUGACGCGGGUUGGCCGCACGACGCAAAGGCGGCGACGGCGUGCGCGAGAGGAAACCACUUCGAAACGUUGAGAUGGAUGCGAGCGAACGAAUUGAAGUGGGAUAAGAAAAAAGUGCUCGUUGUUGCGAUGGAAAACAGAAACGUCGACAUGGCCGAAUGGAUUAUGAUGCAAGAAGAAGAAGAAGAAGAAGAAGUCGAUGACUGA